ACUCACACACACAGCUGGCUGAAUGCGCCUCCCAACGCCUGCUGCUUCUGCUGGUGCUGCUGCUGCAGCUGCUCCUGCUUGACUGUGCGCUCUGCUCAGGAUGAGCGAAUCCAAAGGCUUGUGUGUGAGCAAACAGAAGUGACCAGCAACUGUGAGGAGAGCCCCAAGCCAACGCUGGAGGAUGCCCGCACGUGGGGGCAGUCGUUUGAGCGGCUGAUGAAGAGUCCGGCGGGCCGCGGCUGCUUCAGGCAGUUCCUGAAGACGGAGUUCAGCGAGGAGAACCUCCUCUUCUGGCUGGCCUGCGAGGAGCUGAAGAAGGAGACCAACCGCGGCGUGGUGGAGGAGAAGGUGCGCCAGAUCUACGAGGACUUUGUCUCCAUCCUGUCCCCGCGAGAGGUGAGUCUGGACUCCCGCGUGCGAGACGUGAUCAACCGGAACAUGACGGAGCCCACGUCCCACACGUUUGACGACGCCCAGCAGCAGAUUUACACGCUGAUGCAGCGCGACUCCUACCCGCGCUACAUGAACUCCAGCAUUUACGCAGACCUGCUGCAGAGCCUGGAGCAGCAGCAGCAGCAACAGCAAGUGCAGCCGGCGGAGAAGCCUCCCGAGACCACCUGAACAACACAGGCACGCACACACGCAUGCACCUGAGCUUUAGUGACACGUAACCACACGCAAGCCACGCUCUCACACGCGC